AUGGAGAAGCACGUUCCAUCGGAUUUAAUUAACGACAUACUCAGCCGAUUACUGGUAAAGAGCCUGCUUCGCUUCAAGUGUGUAUCCAGAGGAUGGUGUUUUCUAAUAAACGAUCAAAAUUUCAUCAAACGCCAUCUCAAACGAUCCACCCAAAGCAACAGUCACAGCAGCCUUGUAAUUGUCAAAUAUACUAAACUUAGUUUGGUGGAUUUGAGUUCGUUACUUGUCGUGGAGGAAGUCGUUGAUAAUUCUUUGAAGCAAUUAUUCAGAGACUCCAUUAAAGUGCUGGGCAUAUGCGACGGCUUGCAUUGCUUGUCCAAUUCAGCUUAUAAUCGUAUUAUUUUGUGGAACAUGUCUACCAGGGAGCACCUGACUUUGCCCCCUGUGCCAGAGAAUUUCCUCCUUCAUCGUACUCCUAAAACAGUCAAAUUUGGAGUCUAUGCAAGUGGUGCUUUACACUGGUUCGUAUCCAGAUCGUCGAAAGAAAUUAUGGAAGACAGCGAUGUAUUCAUUGUAGCAAUCAACCUUAAUACUCAUAAACAACGGUUUAUUCGUUGUCCUGAUCAAGAUCAACAUCAACAUCAAGAGUAUAAAGCUUGGAACAUCCCACCUCAUCCAUUCGUUUUCAAUACUCUAGGGGUUUUCGGGGAACAGCUUUGUGCAAUGGACAUAAAUGGCAGCCGUUAUUCCACGGUGGACAUAUGGUUAAUGAAGAAGUAUGGCGUGCAGGAAUCCUGGACAAGGCUAUUCUCGAUUCCAUACUUUCAUACUGGGUAUAUAUGUAGAUACGGUGAUCCGUUUGUUCAUCCCUUAACUUAUUCAAAGAAUGGUGAUGAAGUUCUAGUAGAUGUAGCACAUGAUCAUACGCGGCUAAUGUUUUAUUACAAUCCGAAGACCGAAAGUGUUAGGUAUGUUAACGUCCCCGCGUGUCAAAAUAGCUCUUUUGAAGUACAAAUUUGUCACGAAAACCUUGUAUCAUUAACAUCUAGAGACAGGCCGCAAGAGGAAGCUAUGAAUACAGACCGCAAGUUAGUCUCCCAUGCUGCUGAUUACUUUCCUUGCGGAUUAGGGGUGAAUUACCUUAAUUUUUUCUCAAGUUUUUUUGUCUCAUGA